GUCUGGAGUUGUCUUAUGAGCCAAGCCACAUGCUUAACUAGAGCUGCGCCAUCUACUAUGGCUUCCAUCAGCAGACGAACAUAGCACCAGAUACCACAACCUCCGAAUAUCUCGGAGAGUGAAUACACGGAGUAAUAACAAAGUUAAGAUUUAAGAUUGGCGACAUCUGCAAGAUUCUGAAAGUGUAAUUUUAUAUAAAUUUCCCAAGUGAAGCUUUUCAUGGCGAUGACUGCCCAAUCAGGCUAAACCUCCAUCUCAUCAUAAGCCACGUCCCUUUCGGCUGGGAAAAAUAUCAUCACCUCAGCUACAGCUGAACGCACGCAGGGUCCUACACCCAACACAACAUAAUCGUCAUUCGUUUCUCCUUACACCGAAAUAAUAAUAAAAAAAUGGCCCCCAAGAACCCCUUUAGGUUCGGCCACGAUCUCUGGGAUCCUUCCAAUCGCUUCGAAACAUCCUGGCUCUUGAGCCCGUGGCUUCUCUUCGCCUUCCGUGCUGUCAUCAGCAUAUACGCUUUCGUUACGCGAUUCUUCAUCAUCGGGUGGCAAUGCACGCACGAAGAACUCGGCGGUUGUAGGGAUGUUGGCAGGUCCUUCAGCUAUUUCACCAUCUUGACGUACUGGGGCAUCGCUUUCUACUUUGCUGUCGCAGCGGUUCAUACCGCCACGUACGCACUUCGAGGCCGGUCAUUGCUCGAUGGUCUCCCGCGACCGCUGCAGGCGCUUCAUGCGCUGUUCUACUCGACCAUCGUCACGUACCCGUUCCUCGUGACGAUCGUCUAUUGGGUCGUUCUGUAUAAAGGGCCUUGGUUCCCUGAGGAGUUCAACGCCUGGAGCAACAUCAGCCAGCAUGGCUUGAACAGCCUGUUUGCACUUUUCGAAAUUAUCAUCCCCCGAACGAACCCCCCUCAAUGGGUGCACAUCGCGUGGUUGAUCUUCAUUCUUGCGCUGUACCUCGCCCUUGCGUACCUCACCCACGCGACGCAGGGGUUCUACGUAUACAACUUCCUGGAUUAUCAAGAUGUGGGUGGACGAGGCAUUGUUGCAGGAUACAUUCUGGGCAUAGCGGUCGGAAUUGUUAUCAUCUUUUGCAUUGUCUGGGGCAUCAUCUGGGUUCGACGAUGGUUGACGGAGACGAAGCUUGGUAUGGAUGGCAAGUUUGCACAGCAGCCUGCCGACACCAACGAUAUUGAGCUGGCUUCUUCUGGUAACAAGUACGCUAUUGGAAACCAUCCCGAAGCACAGGACAGGGUGUAUUGAGCUUGUCUAUCAUAAUUGCUGGGAACAUGGAGUGUUGGAGAGCCAUGUAAGGCGUUAUGUGUGGGCAUUUUCUAAUUAAACAGAGCGACCUUCAAGGAUACCCUUUACCAGAACAUGCGAUAUCACAAAGCGGUGUUAAUUAGUAAUAGUUAAUGACUUUAAUAAAACCCUCACAAGAUAUGCGAGACACGAAGCAAAUUGUGCCUGAGCAGGUCCG